AUGGCUGCGGUUGCAGACGAAUCGUCUGAUGUCUUUUUCCUGGUUUCUGUGGUGGCACCGCUCCUAUUCUGCUGCUUUGCUAUCUUUGUCUGUGCUCUGAACAGCAUCUGGAAGACCCGCAGCAAACUCGAAGCUCUGACUCAAGUGGCCAAGCAGCGUGAACCAACCGAGUACACUGAAUUUACCAUUGAUCUUACAACCAAAAUGGACUCAUGCGUCGAGCUAUCAUCUCCACAGAUAAGCUCAAAAGAGGAAUCAGUUUUGCUGUGA